AUGGGGCCCCCACCGCGACAGGCCUCGUCGCCGCCAUACCAGCAUAAUCCUCUGCAACAACCUCCGCCGUCUUCAUACGGCAACAGCUACAACAUGAGUUUUGAGCACAAUGCGCCGAGCUAUUCGCACAGUUUUCCGACCCAAAGUCAGCAGGGGAGUUUCGGGGCGAGUAAUGGGCCGGUCAGUCAAGUGGGAGCGAGCUAUUCGAGGAGUUUCGGAGGUGGGAAUGGAGGUGGGAGUGGAGGACGGCCGUAUGCGCCGGUGAAUAGGGUGUAUGAGCAGGAGAACACGCAGAUUUAUACGGCGGUCUACUCGGGCGUCUCGGUGUACGAAAUGGAGGUCAAUGGCAUCGCAUGUAUGCGCCGACGCUCGGACGGCUGGCUCAACGCAACGCAGAUAUUGAAGGUAGCAGGGGUGGACAAGGGCAAGCGCACGAAAGUGCUGGAGAAGGAGAUUUUGACGGGCGAGCAUGAGAAGGUGCAAGGUGGUUACGGCAAGUAUCAAGGCACCUGGAUCUCUUACAGGCGCGGCCGUGAGUUUUGCCGGCAGUAUGGUGUGGAGGACAUUCUGAGGCCUUUGCUGGACUACGAUGUUUCAUCCGAUGGAUCUGGAGGUCAGGGCCAGCAGGAUACGCCGACCAAAGAGCAGGCGAUGGCUGCGAACCGGAAGAGAUUCUACAACCCGUCUGUGGAAAGUCAACGAUCGAACGGCGGCCCGGUCACGAACGGAACCUUUUUCCAGAACAUUUCGCCCACGACUUCGGUAGCUCUGGCGGCGAUGAAUAAGGCGGCGAGAUUGAACUCACCCGGACCAAGGCCAAGCGGUUUGAGACGGCCGUCCCAGCAGGACGCUUACCCAGGUGGAAGCCAGCAGAGCAUGAUCUCUGACGGCAGCUUCAACGUAGAUGUCAAGCACGAUUCAGGCUUCAGCACACAGCCUAAUGGACCCAAUGGAGAGCCACCACGGAAGCGCAUGAGACCGGAUAGCAGAGACGGUGUCGGCCACGGAAUGUCAUACGAUGCUUCUAUGCGCUCCUCAUCACCCACCGAGCCGAAUGAAAGCUUUUACUUCGACGCGUCGAUGCCGCAAGAACUCGCAAGCGGCAAUGGCGAGCCGGUAGCAUUACAGCCACUGCCGAACGCAUCGUCGGAGGCCCAGCAAGACAAAAUGGCGUUAGUCCUUGAUCUCUUUGCGGAAGCAGGUCGGACAGACUACACCAAUCAUCCCGCACUCUCUCAACUAUCUGGAGAAGACUUCAACAUCCCGCUAGAUGCAAGUGCCAACAACGCGCUACAUUGGGCUGCUACUCUAGCAAAGGUGUCUCUGCUGAAGCUGCUAAUCCAAAAAGGAGCCAACAUCUACCGUGGGAACGCUGCAGGUCAAUCGCCGCUGAUCAGUGCCGUGCUCGUCAACAAUUGCUGGGAGCAUUCGUGCUUUCCCGAGCUGCUGGAGGUACUUGGACCGUUGAUCGAGGUGCGGGAUCUUCAAGGCCGAACAAUACUGCACCACAUUGCUGUCUCGUCCGGGAUUAAGGGUCGCGCGCCGAGCAGCAAAUACUACCUCGAAGCGUUGCUGGAGUUCUUGGUGAGGAUAGGAACCCACCCUGGCUUCGCAUCUGGAUCGGCGGCACAGGUGGCUGCGAGUGCUGUCGCGAACAUGCAAGCGAAGGGUGAUGCGAUGGCUUUGAGCCAGGAUGUGCAUGCGACCUCAUCAGGCAUGGUGAACUCUAGCAGAGGCGCCGUCAGCUUGGUCAGGUUCUUGUCGCACAUCGUCAACGCACGGGACAAGGCCGGCAAUACUGCGCUGAAUCUUGUGGCGCGUAUUGGGAAUCAGAGCAUCAUCAAGCAGUUGCUCGAGAUCAACGCUGAUCCUGCGCUGCCCAAUUACAAGGGGGUGAGCGCGAAGGAUUUUGGUGUCGGCGAGCAGGUGCAUGACAAUGGUGGGUUUGCAAGCCAGCGGGGCACACAGAACAGCACGCUUGCGCCGUAUACGCAGCAGACGCAGGAGAGCAAUGCGGAUGGGGAUGUGUCUAUGGUUUCGAAUGUCAGUCAGACGGAGGACUUGAGUCAGGAUGUCAUCAGCUCCAUCACCAACAUGCUCACUGCGUCACUCACAACGCACAAGGAUAUUCUCCGCGCACGUACUGAACAGAUCGACGUUCUCAACUCGCAGAUCCAGGAGCUUAGCACGCUGCAGAAGCAAGAGCUCGAGCAUGUGCAAGCGCUCAAAGAUCGAGUCAACCUGCGCAGCGAACGCCAAGCCAAGGUCGCCAACUUGAAACGCUGUAUUGCUGAGAAGCGCAGUCGUCAGAUGCAGCGCAGUCCACCGCCUCCAACAGGAUUUGAGCCCGUGUGGCUCGGUGACGAUACCCAGGACGCCCUGCUACCCUCGUCCUUCGAGACUCCGAACGCCACCCCGACUUCCUCCCAACGCGACAUUCUCACGUCGACGCUGCCGUCAUCUCGAACCCUCCAAUCGCAUCUCAACGCCUACACAUCUCACGCCAAUUCGUUACAACAACAAUCCGACGAGCUGAAGGCUAGAUCAAGUGCUAUGCAGGGCUUAUACCGCAAGGUCGUCAGCCUGUGCACCGGUGUUGAAGAAGAUCGAGUCGAAGAGAGUUUACCUGCUCUGGUCCUUGCUGUGGAAAGCGAGAGGGGUGGACUCGGGGUCAGGGAGGUAGGGAGAGUGAGGGAGUUUUUGAGGCGGGUGGAUGGAGGGCCUGGGGGUGGGAUGGAGGGGGUUGUUGAGGGAUGA